AUGGACUCGCCUCAACACCAGGCACCUUUUAAAAAAUCAGACUUUACGUUUGACCAUGACUUUAACCAAAUCAUUGAUCUCUUAUUGCAUGGUCAUAAUCAAGACGCCGUUGGGAAAGCAGUGGCUCAUCUCCAAGACAAAUUCACGCAUGCUAAACAAGUCCUUCAAUCUUUACCAGGACUUCAAUAUUCUCAACAAGAACAAGAACGUAUCCUUGCUCAAGAAAUACACGUACUCGAACGAAAAAAACAACAACUCGCUGCAUUUAAACAUCUCUUACCCUCUGCAAAAUAA